AUGUAUGGUGAUGACACAACACUCUUAAUAAAGGAUGACACUGCAGAAGGAGUACAUGCAACCGCCUGCAACUCCCUCCGCAAAGCACUGACAUACUGCAGGAAAAAUGACCUGGCUCCCGAGAAUAUACUUCUUGUGGAAAAGACUCCACUGCCUACAAUCAAAGUCAUUGACUUCGGGCUGUCUCAAGAGCUCGACGCAGUAUCCGAAAUUAAAACAGUUUUUGGCACUCCUGAGUUUGUCGCCCCUGAAGUAGUCAAUUUCGAAACGCUCUCUCUCGCGACCGACAUGUGGGCCAUCGGUGUGAUCACCUACAUUCUGUUGAGUGGCUCUUCUCCGUUCUUGGGCGAGGACAAACAACAGACGUACACGAAUGUAUCGACUGGAUCGUACUCGUUCGACCACAGUUCGUUUGCAGACAUAAGCUCUCUUGCUAAAGACUUUAUUUCAAAAUUAUUGAAAAAACUACCCAGAGAACGGAAUACUGUUGCUCAAUGUCUAAAACAUCAAUGGAUUCAACCUCAGGUGCCAGAUGUGAUUGCCUGCCCUCUCUCUCUGUUUGACUCUGUACAAUCGGGAGAUGUAGCAGCCGUAGAGCAAGUUCUUCAUCUCGAUCUCACUCAGACUGACAAGAACGGAGAGUCAGUGCUACACAUAGCAGCACGAGGGGACAACCCUGAGGUGACAAGGCUGCUGUUGGCUAGCGGAGCCAGUCUGGCGGUGGCGGACGGAGCGGGGGAGACCCCGGUGUUUCAUGCAGCACGGCGGGGACAGGCGGCCCAGCUGGAGCUUCUUGUUCAUGCUGGUGCUAGUAUCACGUCCUGCAACAAAGAAGGAGACACUCCACUGCACAUAGCAGCCACCUGGGGCCACUUGGAGUGUGUGAGGAUGCUGGUGGAGAACGGAGCUCUGGUGGACGCCACCAAUCACCUCGGCGCCACCCCCCUUCACCUCUCCCUGUCUCACAAACACACGAACGUGGCGUCCUUCCUCAUACACGGUGCGGCUGCCGAUAUCGAGGUCCAAGACACUUCUGGAGACACGGUGCUACACGCUGCGGUGAGAGAGGGCCUCCUGUCCAUAGCCCAGAGUCUGUGUCGGCUCGGCUGCGACACGGAUGUCCCCAACAAGCAGGGACUCUACCCCCUCCACCUCGCUGCCAGAUACGGUCACACCGAGAUUGUCAGGUGCCUGUGCCUGUACGGUUGUAACACGGAGGUUAGAAAUCAAGAUGGCGUGAAGGCUGAAAUCACCGCCCUCAAGUUCGGCCACAGCGACAUCAGCAACCUUCUAGUCAAAGUCAGGAACAGUGUGACUCAGGAUGCGUUUAUCCGUCAGCUCUUGCCCAACAACACGCCACUGCCGCGAUUCAACAUCCAGAUGUUCGGCCAUUCAGGUGUGGGCAAGAGCACACUCGUCGAGACUCUCAAGACUGGUUACUUCGGCAGCUUCUUCCGCCGCAGCAAACCACUUGUCACUGCGGCUGCGCAAUCUAUGCCAGCGUCUCCCAACAAGAUGCAUAUUGAAAUGGAUCUUACCUCUCGACGCAAUUCACUCAACUUUGACCUUUACAACUUCCAGUACACAAGAGGAGUUGAUGUACAACAGGUGAACCUGUCCGGCCUAGGAGAUGUGACACUUUGGGACUUCUCAGGCCAGGACAUGUACUUCUGUGUGUACCACCAGUUGCUGACCACGUCUGCUCACACUGCUGUGCUGCUGCUGGUGUUCAGCCUCAAGGACUCAGCAGCAACACAGCUGCGGCAGUGUCAGUUCUGGCUAUCCUUCCUUCAGGCCAGAAUACCUGCUACGGAACCUCUUGGACCGAAUGGAGUAAGCGGUAACAUGCCUCAUGUGAUCCUGGUAGCGACACACGCCGACAGCACGCACACGCCGCGAGACCACACCGGCCAGUACGUGAGCGAACAGGCACGCAGCAUGUGCGCAAGUCUGGCCGAACACUACCACGCCACUUUCCACAUACACCCCACACCAGUUGUGUUGGACACGCAUCAAGCCAACUCCCCCGGGGUCAAACUGCUGAAGUCCAUAGUACAGAACGUGCGCACCGCUAUGAUACAGGUGAGGUUACACAACUGUUGUCUCCCAUAGAGGUUUUGCAUUAUU